AGAAAGUAAUAUUAAUUCAGUGAUUGGUCACGUGGUACUUUAAAGCCCCACUCAACCAAUCAUAUCAAACGUCACGUCACGACCACUCUCUUGCUAGGCCUAGCCUGUGUUUGUCUUUUGUGUGGGUAUGGGAAUCUGUUUGUAGCAGCUAUUAUUAGAUAUUCUACACAGGCAUUGAUGAACCUUGAAGCAAGUGAAAAUGGAUUCCAGUUGUAAAGAUUCUCUGACCACAAUCAAGCUCUAUGUAGCUUAUGUACAAGAUGCCAUAAAAGACAUACUUUUGGUGAAGAAACAAUUACAAAAAAACAGCUUAGAGGUCAAAGGUGAGGUACAUUCCAGCAUCAGUCGGCAACUUGAGGCCCUGAGGUCUCGUGAGGUGUGGCUUCUAGAUCAAGUAGACACUAUCCACCAUGUGAAAGAAGGCAUCCUGGAUGAACAGCUUUGCCAAAUGCAACGCGAGUUGGGUGCAUCUCAGAUGCUCCUUGCUACUUCUGGUCAAGCUUCUCAAAAUGUUGAGUUCAAUAAAGAACUUCAGGCUACAAUCAAAAACUUCGAGCAUAUGUGUUGUGAACCCAAAGAAAAUAGUGUUAUUCACUUUGCUGCUGACCAGAAGAACUUGAAGGAUGCAAUCUAUGGAUUCGGUCAUAUAGAGACAAACAAGAGACCUAUUAUUGACACAGAGAGUGCUAACAAAAAGGCCUGCUUGGCUGAUGUGCGAGAAGUCAAUCAUGGAGAGUUGUACCGAAGCUUGACAGAACUGAAAGAGAAAAAAGAAAAAUGUCCAGAUUCAGCGCCACCACGAAAAUUGGAUAAUCAAGAUUGGCUGAUUAAGACUCCAACCAACACACCUGCUGAGCCCUACAGUGAUCUGCUGUUCCCACCUUUUCGAAGGAAUGAAUCCCCUUCAGAAUGGCUUCAGAAGAUACAAGAGGGAACAGACUGUACCAGCUUGCAAGAUGUUGAAGAAGAGGAAGAAGAGCAAUUUGAUGAUUAUGAUAUGGCCGAAAGUGAUGUAAACAGUACAAGUUUUGAAAUGAUAAGCGCCCCCUACCAAGAGACUGAAUUGCCAGCAGUCAGACAUCCAUACUUCAACAUGAUCUUAACAUCUCCCACUAAUGAAUGGCUCCAGAAUCCAGAACGAAUCCGACUUGAGCAUGAGAUGGGGGCAUCGUAUCCAUAUGCUGUGAUGAAAUACUUCAGGGAUAUCCCUAAAGACAUAAGAGUGUGGUUAGCUGGCUAUGAAGAAAGGAAAAAACUGGAAGAAAUAGAGGAUAAAAACCAAGAGAUGAUGAUAAUGUCCUGUGCCGGUCAAUGUACCUCAACCUGCACUGCUGCAACCAGUCAAAUCGUUCAGAAUGUUGAGAUUGAAAAUUUGGAUGACUUGAAAUGUAUGCGCGAGUCAACCAGCAAGUCUCCAAUUUUGCAGCAAAAUUUAUUUGAGUAUGGGAAACAUGAAGAUGAGAAGGAGGUGAUGCUUCCGAGUAUUGAGGUAGUCUGCCGUGCUAACGAGGUGUGUGGAUCAUUUUCUGAGUGUGUCUGUGAUACAAAAUGCUGCGGAAGUUUUGGUCAAUCCACUGCUGAAUUGAAGAACCAACCACAAAUAUCAUCAUUAGCCGUAAAAAUGGAAGAAUCUUGCAACUUUCCAAUUUUUGAACAAAUAACAUCAGAAAAUGAUGGAGAUUGGUUGCUAAGCAACAAAUCACAGAUGCAACCCGAGGGUGUGAAUCCUCUGAAAAUGUACCUAGCAACCCGGUCAGGUAAGGACUCAGAUUGGUUGGAUUCAAAUGAACAUAAGUCAAAGAAUGAUGAAUCGAUUUUUGAUGGCACCCAUUUGUCAAAGGAAAAAGAGGAUGACUGUAAAGGCAUAACCCCAGAAUCAGAAGUAUGGAAGACUGUACAGAAACACCAUUCCUGCUACAAUAACACAGAUUGGUUGCAGAGCUCUCGUUUGACAGUUGGUAGAUCGUACAAGGACUUGCAGCAGUUUGACGCAUGGAAGACAGUUGUUGACCAUCAUUCCAAUUACAGUGAGACUGACUGGCUCUCAUGUAGGAAAUUGCACGAUCCGAAUGUGUCGACCGAUCAGGUGUAUGGAUCUACAAUGUCUGAUGUUGGUAAUGAAGAUUACACAAAUUGGUUAUUGCUUGGUAAACAAGAAAUCGGCAGUGCAGGCCUACAAAAACAUCCAAAAACCAAGGUUGCUGAUUGGCUGCUUGGCACAAUUCCUGAUGACAUCCGUGGUAUUGUUUUGAAAAUGGAUGGUAUACAUCUUGCAACACCAUCUUCAAAAUGGCUGCUGCAUGACCAAACUGAGAACACAGCUGUGGAUAAAAUGGUGCCUGAAUCUAAAACUAGUUCUUUCCCAUGCUUUUCGCAAGAAUCACCAAUGCAAACCUGGUUGAAGGAAUAGACAAUUCUCCACCGAUUUACUACAACUCAAAAUGAUAUUAGGCCAAAAAAUUGUUUGUGUUGCCCAAGCUCGACUGACCAACAGUCUUAAAAAUCAACAGUCUUAAAAAUCUGGGUUCCGUCGGGGUUUUUCCUCAAGGACGAGCAGAACAUAGUUGUAUGGUAUUGGAAAUAGAUUUUAGCCCAGCAGUAACGAUAAUUAGCUGCACGUCUUAGAAUUUGGGAAAGCCUACUUAUUAAAAUAAAUGACCAACAGAAACUAAUUCACAAUUGUUACUAUGCUUAGGCAAUGCAAAUAUUUUUUUUAGCCUUAUCUAUUCCAGUUUAUUUCUCAAAUUAAUCAUUUAUUUAUUCAUUUUGAAAUGUCUUAAUUAUUACUUCUUCAUUAGUGAUUAAUCUGUUUAUUGUAAUUGUCUGCUCAUUUGAAUAGAUGAUCUGUAAAAGUAAAAUCCAUGCAUAAUUAUGCAUUUAGGCCUGAUAUAAUAUUGAUCCUCACCCAUUUAGAAAGGUGAUGUAGGCAGGUUGUUUUUACUUUACAAUCCAAAGGGGAAGUGUUAUGGUGCUAAAAAUAUUAUCAUUACUGCAACUCAAUUCAAUCUAUUGUCAUUGCACACAAUCAAUAAAUUGUAAGCCAACUAAAAGUUGUUGCCAGCUUAAUGUUGCAUUUUCAAAAUUAAUUUACUCAUUAUCAGGUAACAACUUUAGCAUUGAAAUUUUUUCAAUUUAAAAAUGUUUACCCUUAUUUUUAUGAAGGAUAAUAAUAAUAAAAAAAAAAAAUCAUAGAAACAGUUCCGUGACUGGAAGUGUUUUUAUUAUUUAUCUGGUAAUGUUAUGGGUAAAUAUUUUUUAAAUACUCUAAUUUCUAACUGAUAAAAUAUUUUAAAUGAAUAUUUUAAAUAAAUGAAAUAAAUCUAUAUACCAUAUCCAGCCUGUAUCGUAUGCCCUAUCCCCAAGUUCAUACUCAUUUUAAAGCGUGGGCAUAUCAGCUAGGCUUCCAAUCGCAUACAUGUUAGUAUGCCUAUGCCACACUAUAAAAUGAAUUUUCAGACCUUUCUAAACAUUGCAUGUUAAACUAGCCUUUUUAACUGUAUUGUUACAUGUACAUGCGUUCUCAUAUUGUUACCAUUGACCUUUGCACCAGGAAAAUAUUUUUUUUGGACAAAUGAGCUUUAAAGCUAAUCUCGGUUACCUAAACAAUUUGGUUACAACCCCCCCCCCCUCCGAUCCUACAAAACCAUUUUGAGAGGGUGCGAACAUAUCACAUCAAAGAUAUUUAAAAAAAAUUCUGACAAUAGUAAAAUUUGUCAGGAUAUAAUAAUUCAAAUACUGUUUAUAAUCAUUUUGUCAGAGAAAUGAUGUACUAUUUGUAGAAGCCAUACUGUAUAUUUUCAGAUAAGUGGUUGUUUAAUAAAUUCUUAGUGUAUCUGGUUUAUGUUCAUAUAAAAAACUGUACAUUAUCUGGUUUAUCAUAAUUGAUAAAAUAUACUUUCCAUUUUGUAAAACUGACAGUGGCAUAUCUAUGGGGGAAGAUGUUUCCUCCCCUAAAAAAUAUCUUGUGGGACCCCGGUUUCUCUUCUCUCCCCCCCCCCCCCCCCCCAAUGGCAAUUUUUUUUAGGCAAAAACAUUAGACUCAGGUAGUUAAAAGUUACCUUAUUUUGAGUCCUCUCACUUUAUCAUCAAGUCCUCCUACUAUGCCCUCCCCUCCCCCUUACCCACAUCAGCCCUCCCUCUUCAGUCCCUCUCCAUUUUCCCAAAUUUAAUACUCAUAGACGCUGGCACUGAAAACAGGGUUUUUUGCUUGAAUGUGUUUAAUUAGUGAUUUGUGUUAAAUAUUUGUUUUAUGAUUUAGAAAAAUAUUGAAUAUAAAAUGUUAAAUUGAUUGUGGUUUACUAAGCUUGGAUCUGGAGAAUAAAUGGGUUUUUAAUUUAUUUUUACAAUACUAUACCAGUAUUACUUUUGGACUCAUAGUAUUGAAAAAUGGUAGCUAUAGUAUAUAUGUAUUAUAUAUCUUUUUACUGAUAUAAUAUCACAUCUUGUACUCUUGUAUUCAGUGAAAGAUGCUUAAUCAUAAUAUGAGCAUAAAAAGUAAAAUGAUAAAUUUAAAAAAUGUUAAUUUAAAAAAUGUAGUAAUUCGAUAGUCGAUUAAACCCUAGACAAUUUUUGUAGCAUUCCAGUGAAUCCAGACAGUUUCUGCUUCCAGUGCUAUUAAAGAAUAUGCAUUGUACACUAUUAAUGAACCUUAUUGAAUAUAAAUUGUACACUAUUAAUGAACCUUAAUGAAUAUGCAUUGUACACUAUUAAUGAACCUUUCCAGUAAGCCUCGCCCCUUGGAUGUUGUUGCUAAGGUCUUGUGGGAUAUGUGCAUAUUUCUGACCCUGCUCUGAUUGACAGUCUGGAAAGGUCAUCGAGACCAAAUUAAAUAUAUCAUGGUAAAUUAAAACCACUCAUUCGUAAGUGAAUACCAGAUUUCCCAAAUUUUACCUCUUUAUUGGUUUAUAAAGAUGAUGUGAUGAAAUAUAAAAUAAUAUGAUUGUAUUUUGCGAUAGAAUAAAUUGUUUGUGGAAAAUAUUGUA